GUACACAGGCCACUGCCCGGGACUCAAGUUCGAUGUGGGUCACUCGUACGCCUGGGCGGUGCAGCACUCGCCUCAGCAGCUGCCGCGAACCCACGUGGGUCAUGUCGUGGUGAGCCCACGCGCCACCGACGCCGGCCUGGUGCAGUCGGCCCCGGUCGACGUGGUCGACCGGGGUCGAGAGGUCACGCUGGUCUCCAACGCCCCCUACCGGCCCAGCCCGCCCAAGGGCGGCAUCGCCGGCUACACAGGAUUCGUACCAGGCGGCCGGUUCGUGGUCGGCACCAACUACCGCAAGGUGGCCGACGACUGCUUCAGCGACCUGGAGCGGCGCACAGCCGAGCGGCACGAGCGCGAGGAGCGCGAGCGCCGCAGCCGCUCGCUCGGCCGGCUCUCAGCCGGCCGCCGGGUGCGCGAGACGGGCGCCGCGCCGGCCGCCGCCCUCACGAACGGCGCCGUGAGCAGCGCCCUGGACGCCAAGUACAGCCGGUACUCGGCCGGCCGCCAGGACGAGGAGCCCGUGCCCAUCCCCGGCUACGGAGGCUUCGUGCCCAAGGCGCGCUCCUCCCAGAUGGGGGUCGGCAAGCGGUUCUCGAGGUUCGCCGACGAGGGGUUCCACGCACUGCACGACCAGGUGCAGCGCUACAGGCAGAGCCACCAGCGGCCGGUCAGCGUGAGCAGACGGGACCGGAACGGAACGACCCGCUCCUGACGCGACGGCGGAACGGGAACGAAACGCCUUGGGAACGACCAGGUGGGACGGAACGGCUCGCUCCUGACGGAACACGGGGGCUGAAGCGGGGUGAACCAGAUCAUCCAUCUGCUGGCAGGACAGCUGAACUCCAAUAGCCACGAAGCGUGCCGUCCUCGAUGCGCCGGUGCCACGCCUGCGCGCUCGCCCGCCUGCCGCUGAAACCGAUGCAUCGCGUGUCUCACUGAGUGACGCCGAAUUCUCGAGUUAAUGGGGAGAUGCUGGGUAUUUAUUGUCUCAGAAAUGUCUCCUUGUUGUAAGCAGUCGAUGCACGUCGUCGCAGUGUCUCCCAGCAAGGACUGACAUCAUGCAAGGUUGUGUUGUUCUGGAGACGUUGCACAGCUUGCAAGCCGAUGCGUAUUUGUUUGACAGAAUGUUGAAUUAGAAGCGAUGUUUUUGAGAUGGUUGGGGACAUUCACCUCCGCAUUCCUCUCGGGCUUUGAAAGCGUGGCUAUUUUCAGAUGGCUCGAUGUUUGCCUGUCACUGAAUGUGUGUUUAGGAAGGCUCUACUCAUAGCGUCACUCAGUACAAAUGAGUGUGAAAAGCGCAUUUUGCACAAAAUGAGUGCCACCAUGUGAAAUGUGCAUGCUGAGUUGCAUUGAGUCAUUGCCUUGGUUAAGCAUGUCGCUACUAAAUGCCAGCACGUUGUUCGCACAGCAUAAAGGCGACCGGACGCG